CCGCCAUGGCGCCGCUGCGCUUCUUGCUGCGGCUCCUGCCCGCCUUAGCGCUCGCCCUCCGCCCCGCCGCCGGGGAGCCGCGUCGGGCCCUGGCGCUGGAGGCUCUGGGCGAGGCAGAGGAGCUGGCGGAGGAGCUGUGGGACGCGGGGCUGCCCGGCGACCUGCCCGAGUUGGAGCCCGAGUGCAGCCGCCUCCUCACCGCCUUCGCGAAUAGCAGCGCGGCGCUGACGGGCUGCCUGGGCCUCCGUGCCCGCCCGGUGCGGCUCUGCCAGGCCUGCCACCUCCACUACCAGCACCUCCUGGCGCAGUACGGCAGCAUCGCCCGCGCCGUCGGGAAUUCUUCUGAGAGCCACAAUUGUGCCAAAAGCAUCUUGACCUCAGACAGACUGCAGAUAGUUGUGACCCUUUCAGAGUUCUUUAACGAAACCUGGGAGGCAGCCAACUGUGCAAAUUGUUUAAAGAACAACAGUGAGGGAUUAUCAAAUUCUACUGUAGAAUUCCUGGAUUUAUUCAAUAAAUCUCUGACAUGUUUUGAAAAUAACCUUCAGGGACAAGCCAUCUAUCUGACACCAAAUAACUACACAGAAGUCUGUAAAAACUGCAACGAAACCUACAGAAUGCUGAAUGACCUUUACAACAACUUGCAGAGGCUGAACAGGCAAGGUGGGGAGUCCGGGCACCCCACACAUUUGUGCAUUGAUGUGGAAGAUGCAAUGAACAUCACUCGGAAGCUUUGGAGCAGGACGUUCAACUGUUCCCUCCCCUGCAGUGAUACAGUCCCAGUGAUUGCAGUUUCAUCCUUUAUCCUUUUCCUACCUAUAGUUUUUUAUCUUAGUAGUUUCCUUCACUCGAAGCAGAAGAAGCGGAUCCUCAUUUUGCCCAAGCGCAUCCAGUCAAAUGCCAGUCUUGUGAACAUCCAAGAAAAAUACAGCUGAGCUGCAAAACAAAACCUGAGAACUGCUGCUGGUAUACAGUGGGUACAAUUGUGUUGGAAUGAGGCCGGCACAAAAGAGGAGUUAAUUAUGGUUUAGUGUAAUGAUACAGAGCAACACAAGUUAAACAAAAUGCUGUCUGACUUCUAAGCGAGGAUAUUAACCAACAUGACAAGGCAGGGCUGUGUGACACUGUAUGGACUCUGGUUUUGAAAAAAAUUGUGUUUUUUCAGUCUUGGGCUGAAGCUGGUGUUUUUCUGUUCUGAAGCUUUUGUAUUUCUCAUCAAUAGAACAGUUAUGCUUUCCUUGAACAUUUUUCCCCCUUCUUUAAUUUAUCGUAUUUGUUUCACAGAAACCUGAGAUUCUGAACCUUUCUGAGGAGAUUUUAAUUGUCAGACAACUUGAAAUAAUAUUUGAUAUUUCUGCUUGAAACAUUGUUUAAUUCCACAUAAUAGUCGGUUUUGCCAGACUCAGGAUGGACAGGAAACCUUUAAAAAGAAAAGUUCCCAUUUUUCUUAUACCUCUAAAGUCAUGCUGCUGGUCUCACUUGAGGAAACAAAAAAAAAGACAGACAGACAUGAAAUAUGCAGAGGAAGUGGUAAUAUAUAAUGUCCAAAGCCAGCAACAAAAGCAACAGAACUGCCAGAGCUAGACAUGAAUAAUAAUCAUUGAUGACUACGGUAUUCAGCUAUCUCUGAAGCAGGCAGCAUGUUUAGUCAUUUGCACAGUUUACCACUAAAAUAAUGGCUUUUCAAAUUUUAAUUUUCAGAGGCUUAUUGUAGAUGUCUGCUUGGGUAACUGAAUGCUUCAUGAUUUGCCUGUUUAUUGUGUUGUUUCCUUUCCUUUUUAAUUAUUGAGAGGGUUUUUUUGGUUUGGGUUUUGGGGGUUUUUUUUGUGCUUUUUUGAGUGAAAAGUGAGGUUAAGUCAAGUCACUGGAGGUGCUGAAUUCCCUGGUGUAGAGCUUGGUAUGGCUUAAUACAGUAGUGUUUACAGGAACUUAAUAGGGUAAAAGUUACUCAUUCUAGAUAAUAAUGUAUUUUAGUGAUAAGUGAACCCGGGGGGUUCUCUAACUUAAAAACUGUCCUGAUGGACAAUGAGACACUGUGUUGGGAAUAAAUGACUUUCAAAAAAUAUUUUCAAAGAUUAGACCUGUGAAAUAAGUGAAUGUAAAAAAAUUCAAGCUUGCAGGAUUCCAAAGCUGAUGGAGAAAUUGGUACAAUAAAUGCAGGGAUGGAUGGUGCUGCUUGGCAGGCUGUGUGCACAGUUCAGUGACUGCAGCAAUACAAACCAUUCAGUUUGGUGAUGAUGGUCCUGAUUUGGGAGAGUGGUGGGGUUUAAACAUUUUAUAGCUGUACAGGUUAAUGAAUGGCAGUGUCUUUACUCCUAUUUUUAAAUGUGUUUUGUAACACUGAGAUGAAAAUCAAUGGCUGUUAUAGCUAAAAAAUUGAAUAUCUCUUGGAAUCUGUGUUUCUGAUAUCUGUCAAAAAAACCCUCUGGAACAGUCUUGUGUAUCUGACUUGCUUUGGAGCCUAGAAUGUUAAAUUCUUUCUUUGCACUAAGGCUCAAAUAAAUAUGUAACAGUGUAACAGAACACUCCUGAAGCUCUUCAAGUAAUCGGUUUUCUUGGGUUUCUUGGUUUGUGGUUUUUGGUUUUUGUUUUUUUUUUUGUCUUGAGUUGGUGUGGAUGGUACUAUCAGUUUUAAAGUCAAGUUGACAGUAAGUUUAAAAUUAAAUACUGUGUUAGUGAUUGGUCCCACCCACAUUAUUGUCUUUUUAUGUUUUGUCAGGUAGAAGUAUUAAUCUCCCAUUGUUAAACCUGUGAAUUACUAGGUCAACAGUCAGUUUGUUAUGGGUCAACAACAACAAAACUGUUUCUCAUGCUUAUUUGUAAAGUUAAACUUCCUGUGGCUGGGAGAGACAUGCUGCCUUUAAAAACAAAAAAAGAUUAUUUUUUAUAUCUCUUAUUCUUAAACUUCAACUUUCUGGGACUUACUCAGCUGCCUGCUCUAAUAGCAUUACAUUGAUUUGGGACAUCAUAUGAUUGAGAGCUGUUCAAAGCAAUCUUUCAUUCGUGCAGAUAAAGCCAGUUUGUAUGUGCAGCAUUUCAGAAUGACAGCUUUUAUACUGUAAGCAGUGGCUUUUUGAGCACAUUCAUGUUAAGUAGGUCUGAAAGUCAUUACUUUUGGAUAUGGUGGUUAAGCACUUUAAAAAAAAAUUAAAAAAUAAAAUAAUAAAAUCAGCUUUUCUUAUUUUCCUGGCAGUUAAGCCAAACGGAAAUACUCAUGUGACUUUUGUUGGUUUUUAUUUUAAAGCAGCAGCAAAGUUUACACUUCAGAUUUUUAAUAGUGCAUCUACUCUUUUAUCCUUUUUCUUCACCCCCCCUUCCCCCCCAGUUUGUACUACUAUGUUUCUUUACACAGUGUUAUAUUUUUGGUGGGAUAUUUCAUAUAUAAAUUGAUUGAAUUCUCUUUAUAAUCUAUUUCUUAGAGAAAUACAGAAGCACACAGUCUGUGUUGAAUGAGAAUUAGAAUUCUUUUUUGCUGCUAGUCUUUCAUUUUGGUUUAUUUUUGCCUUUUUGGUAUUAUAUGUACUAACAAAGAUGGACUUUGAAAUACUAGUUGUUUGUAUCUUUUUUUGUGCAAAUAAAGGUUUCUUACUGUGGGGUAGCACUUUGAUUCAUAUUUAUACUUCCUCGGAAGCCUCUCAACACAGAAAGUCAGCUCUAAUAAAGGUUGUCAAUAAACAGUGAA